CACCAGGAAGAAAAGAAACAGAAGGAAAAAAACAAAAAAAACCCUCUCCGUCACCCUUUCUCUCAUCGUUUUCAGAUUCAAUCCGAGGGCCUUCUAAUCCUAGAGAUCCGCAUCCUAUCCUUCUGUUUGCCCCUCUUGGGUGAAUGAACUCUGUCCUGUGCUCCUCCGCUUCAACCUUAAAACUGCCCUUCAGCGCUAGUUUCGCUCUGGUGGCAGCUUGCCAGGCGCAAUUUUUCCUCCCUAACACAGGUACAGAAUUAUACUAGCCUUUUCAUUUCAACAAAACUCUAGCAUGGGCGACCGAGGUCGUGACCGUAGGGUCAACGAUAUCCACCGUUUUACCGGACGCAGCGAUCCGAAUAAUCCCAACCAUGAAUUCACAUAUCAACAUCAGCGUCAGAUGCCAACCGAGACAGACAGCUAUAGACCGAGCAAUCGCUCACAGGAUAGCAACCAGGGCCCUACUCGACAUCUGAAAGGAUCCAAAGGAUCCAAAACUGGGAAGCGCCAAAAAACAAGCCAACAACCGAAACCGCAAAAAUGGACUCCCGUCCCCGCUCAUGAGAGGCCAAUCCUAUCAUUCAAUGUCCGCGAAAAGACCCCUGAUUUGCUGCCAGGAAUGAUUACAGGGGGCGAGUUCUUAUCCGCCCCUGACGGAUCAGGCGAUGGCAUUGGUGAAAGCAUACGCGAUGCAGCUGGCGCAGAUGAUGAAGUUGAGAUGGACAUGUCAGACGAUGAAAACCCAAGUUUGGCGGUUACAAAGGUCGGUUCAGCUACGGAAGGAGCAGUGGAUGGAGAAAAGAAGCCAGAUGUAAUUUCUCUGGUCCGUUCUUUUAAAGCCAGAGCCACUAUGGGAAAGCCUAAAAAUCCUAUUCAAGAUAAUGAUGAUUUUAUCUCACUUUCUUUUGGUGACGAGCCUAGCCAUUUGGGUCAAGGUGAUGAGGACUCCAACCAUAAGAGAAGGAAGGUGAAUGGCAAGGAUAACUGCGACGAACCAAGCUUCUCCCACAGAUAUAACCAUUUUGGCCCACCUAAAGACACAGGACCACCAGGUUUACCGCCCCGCCCUUUAACCUAUCGCAAACCCUCACCCCCGCCCCAGCUACGGGAUCUAGACCCCCAACCCCGUAACCGCUCAGUCCGACAAUCCAACAAUGGAGGCCCUUCUAGUCUUCCUGGCGCUGCUCACUCUAAAUACACAUCUUCCAACACAUCGAGAAACCCCGCGAUGCAGAAUAAGGGAUAUGACCGUCAAUUAGACAUACCCAAAAACAGAAAGAGAAGCUAUUCUGACAUGAAUCGCGGUAAAACCACCACCGACGGCAAUAUCACUUACGAGUAUAUGGCCACUCCUAGGUCUGAUCCGUUUCCUUGGACCAAGAUGGGGAGGGAUCACUCUAGGUCUCUGAUUAUACUACUUGAAAAUGAAAAUGAAUCUAACUCCUUUUGUGCUAUUUAUAGGCUUCAUAACGAGAUCCUGGACUUCAUUGCUUACAUCCAACCCCGUGCCUACGAACAUGCCGUUAGGAGAGAGUUGGUUCAUCGGGUGCGAGUCGUAGUAACUAAACUUUGGCCCGAUACCGAUCUUCGGGUCUUCGGGUCGUUUGCAGCGGAGCUCUACCUGCCAACUAGCGAUAUCGACCUAGUUGUGAUAUCUACUUCCUUUGCGAAGAUCGGGAUACCUCGUUAUUCAGAAAGGAAUGCGCUCUACAAGCUUAGGCAAGCAAUCCUUAGUUCUAACACCGCAAAACCGGGAAGUUUGGCCGUGAUUGCAAACGCAAAGGUGCCAAUCAUCAAGUUUGUGGAUCGCGAAACGAAUAUCCACGUCGAUAUCUCAUUUGAGAACUCUUCAGGCUUGGUGGCCAACGAGACAUUUAUUAGAUGGAAAGCUCAGUACCCGGCGAUGCCAAUCUUGCUUACGGUCAUCAAGCAGUUUCUUGCGAUGCGUGGCCUCAACGAAGUAUAUCUUGGAGGAUUGGGAAGUUUUUCGGUCACCUGCCUUAUUGUAAGCAUGUUCCAAAUGCACCCUGGUGCGGCCAGUGGGAGGAUGGACCCUCGCAGACACCUGGGUGUCAUGCUACUUGAAUUUUUAGAGUUGUAUGGUAAAAGCUUCAACACCGAGACUCUAGGCAUAUGUGUGGACUCCAGAAAACCCUCUUACUUCCGCAAGAACGACGUAUUUCCCGUGAUCCAAAGAGGAGCAACACCGCCGCAGACCGAUCUUCUAUGCAUUCAGGACCCGAACAACAGUGAGAACGAUAUCUCGCGCAGCAGUUACCAAAUUAAGAUUAUACUAACCCUUUGGGCAGAAGCCCUCGACGAUCUCGUUGGCCAGAUGAAGAAAUUUGAGAGACUACAAUUCGUCAAUAGGCAAAACAGAAGUUUACUGGGUGUUAUCCUCGGAGGUAGCUACGGGAAAAUCGAAGAACAACGUUGGUUGAUGAGGAAGGUCUACAUGGAUCGAAUUGGACCGCUUGAGGACAUUCUAACGGAAGAGAAACAAUGGGGUGAGGCCACACCUUUCGUCACGCGAACACUUAGCCCAGUUCAGCAAGUUACCAACCGGAGCUCUGGAAGUGGCCCAGUCCCCAACAAGAAGACCUCUCAUGGCAGCAAUUCCAGUGGGCCAUCGCAUCCUCGAAAGAGCAAACAGGGAUUCUGCAGGAAAGGAAGACAGGACGAGCCAAUCGUCAUUGAAUGA